AUGGCUACCCCUAGUGUCCUAGCGUUUGACGCUGAGGGUCGCGCCAUUGAUUUUGAGGUCUGGUUAGACGACCUGCAGCUGUUCUUACAGUGCGACAGGGCUGACGACCUUUCUCUCUUUGACCUCACCUCUGGCGCCUCUCCUACUCCUGCUGCUGAUGCUGAUCCCGCUGUCCGCUCUAAGUGGGCCACCCGCGAUGCUGCUGCACGUCUUGCUGUGCGUCGCCACCUCCCUACCUCUGAGCGUGCGCACUUUAGUCAGUACAAGAGUGCUCAGACCUUGUACGACGCUGUAGUUGCGCGCUACUCCUCCCCUGCCACUGCUGCACUGAGCCUCGCGCGCCUCCCUGACUCCCUUCGCGUCGUCAGGGACCACUUUCUCGCAGUCUGUCCCACCACCCUCACCGUCGACCUCCUCGAGAAGUCCCUCCUUGCAGCGGAGAAGAGCAUAGUCGCUGUAGGUGCUUCUCGUGGUGACCCUCGCACCCCCAUCUUUGAGGGGUGCUCUCCUUCCCCCUUGCUGCCCUCUGUUGCCUCUGCUGCUGCUGCCGACCUGCUUGGUCUUGAGUCGGUCGGCGCGGCGUCUGCCCCUAGUGGGAGACGUCGCUCCAGCAAGGGCAAGGGGGGCAAGGGCGCGGGUGGAGCUGGAGGGGGCGGUGGCGGUGGCGGCGGUGGCGGCGGAGGGAGUGGGGGUGGCGGCGGGACUAGUGGCGGGGGUGGUGGUGGUGGUGGUGGCAGCAGCGGCGGAGACGGUGGUGGUGGAGCCAGCGGUGGUGGUGGAGGCAGCGGCGGAGGUGGAGGCGGCGGAGGUGGAGGCGGUGGAGGCGGCAGCGGAGGAGGCAGUGGUGGUGGAGGAGGUGGAGCUGGUCGGGGUGGUACCCAGCAGCGUAGCGGUGGUGGUGGUGGCCAGCGCUCGCACCGGCAGCAGCAGCAGCGCUCGCGGGACAUCCCUUCGCCUCAGCAGCUUCGUGAGUGGUACGCUGGGCGUCAGAGGGGUGGGGGUACUGGUCCCUGCACCUACGUUCUUCGUUCCGGCGACCGCGCGGGUGAGCAGUGUGGGGGUGCCCACGCCACCCAGCGCUGCUUUGGCCGCCUGACGGACGCCUGGCGUCAGCAGUUCCCUGGGGCUAGUGAGAUCCCUCGCUGGGAUGAGCUUCUCAGGGCUGGUGUAGCGAUCUUUGAUCUUGAUUUUGAUGCUAUCCUUACUGCUAUGUAUGUUGUGGAUUAUAGUGAGGAGAAUGAGGGUUACCGUUGUUUCCGGCCCGACCCGGGCAUUGGUACUGCUGCGCUAGGUGCUUGUGAGGCUGCUGCUCUAGGUGCCAGUGCGUCUGCGCUCUCAGGUACUGGUGAGACUGCGCUCUCAGGUACUGCGUCGUCCUCGUCCUCCCUCACUUUCACACUUGACUCCGGAGCUUCUCGCUCCUUCUUUCGAGACCGCACUACCCUUACGCCGCUCGGCCGGCCGGUUGCAGUCUCCCUUGCUGACCCCUCUGGAGGUCCUGUCCUGUCUCACUUCUCCACUGUCCUCCCGUGUCCGGCUGCCCCUUCGGGCACCCUGUCGGGUCUGUACCUUCCCUCGUUCUCCACGAACUUGGUGAGUGGAGCGGACCUGCAGGAUGGGGGUGUUCACCAGUUCACUCCUGCGAGUCAGCGGGUGACCCACUGCACGGAGGCACGCACAGGCCGACACCUGGCCACGUUCUCGCGUCGGCCGGGGUCGAGUCUCUACACCCUGACCGUUGAGUCUCCUCCUGUCCCUGCGUCUGGUCAGGUGGCUGCGUCGGGUCAGGACCUUCCUGUGUCCCCUGUGUCGAGGGUCGCCUCCGGGCUACUCCUCACUCCUCCCACUUCCCCCCGACAGAGGCUCCCCUGCAGACGCUUCACAUGGAUGUGUGGGGCCCAGCCCCCGUCCGUGGGCAGGGUUACGAGCGCUACUUCCUUGUUGGUGGUUGACGACUACUCGCGUUACACCACAGUCCUCCCCUUGCGCAGCAAGGGUGCGGUCACUGAGGUGCUGAUCGACUGGAUCCGCGAGGCUCGUCUCCAGCUCAGGAAGAGCUUCGGCUCGGACUUUCCUGUUCUGCGUCUGCACUCUGACAGAGGCGGAGAGUUCUCUUCUCGCCUUCUGCGGGACUACUGUCGUGCACGGGGGAUCCGCCAGACCUUCACCCUUCCGGACUCACCACAGCAAAAUGGGAUUGCUGAGCGCCGCAUUGGCAUGGUCAUGGAUGUCGCUCGUACGUCCAUGAUGCAUGCGGCUGCCCCCCAUUUUCUGUGGCCGUUUGCGGUGAGGUACGCGGCGCAUCAGCUCAACCUUCAUCCCCGGGUCUCUCGGCCUGCGAUGUCCCCAGCCUUGCUGUGGACGGGGAAGGUUGGCGAUGCGUCUGUGUUCCGUGUCUGGGGAUCUCGGGCGUUUGUCCGCGACUUGUCUGCGGACAAGCUGUCCCCUCGUGCUGCUCCCUGUGUCUUCCUUGGCUUCCCCACUGACGCCCCAGGGUGGCAGUUUUACCACCCCUCCUCUCGUCGUGUUCUGUCCUCCCAGGACGUCACGUUCGACGAGUCAGUCCCCUUCUACCGUCUCUUCCCCUACCGCACUCCUUCCCUCCCCCCUCCCCCGGACUUCCUUGUGCCGGUUCCCCCCCCGGUAGACCCCCUCCCCCCUCAGGUUCCUGCCCCCUCAGGUGUGUCCCAGGUAGACGCCGUUGACCCGGUCGAGGUUACUGGUGACUCUGGUGCUGCUGCGGGUGCUGAGCCUGGGGGUGCUGACUCUGGGGGUGCUGUGCGCGGGGGUGCUGAGCCUGGGGGUGCUACUGCUGGGGGUGCUGGGCCUGAGGGUGCUACUCCUGAGGGUGCGGAGCCUGGGGGUGCUGAGCCGGGGGGUGCUGUGCCUGGAGGUGCUGGGUCUGGGGGUGCUGGGUCGGGAGCUGCUGAGCCUGGGGGUGCUGAGCUGGGAGCUGCUGAGCCUGGGGGUGCUGCGUCUGGAGCUGCUGAGCCUGGGGUUUCUCCUGCUGCUGCGUCUCGCCGGGAGCCCCUCUCUCCACAGGAGCUGCGCGAGUGGUUCGCUCGCCGCUGGAGGCGUGCUGCUGAGUCUGGAGGUGCUGCUGGAGCUGGAGCUUCUUCGACCGUCGAGGGUGCGGGUACUGCCGGUCCCGGAGCUGCUGGACCUGCGGGUCCUCCUGGAGCUGGAGCUGCUGAGGGCGUUCGUGCUGAGCUUGCUGCUGUUGGUCCUGCCGCUGGAGGUGUGGGUGGCGCUGGUGCUGUAGCUGAGGGUGCUGGUGCUGUCCCUGCUGAGUCUGGAGCUGCCGCGCGGCCUCGGCCGUACUUCGUUCCGCUCCUGCAGCAGGUUCUUGGUCUUUCUCCUCCAGUAGAGGGUCCACCGCCUGUCCAGUCGCAGUCCCUACUGGAGCCUUCCUCUCCACUGCCUGCUCCCUCUCCUUACACUGGUCCUACUGGAGGUCUUGCUGAGCGUCGUGAGCCUGCGUCUCGUCCCGCGUCGCCUGUUCGUGCUGCUCGCGCUAGUGGUCGCAGUUCGCGUCAGCGUCCUCCUCCUGUCCCUGGCACGCACCGGAUGUCUCUGCGUCCGUCCACUGCUCCUCUGCGUGCCCCUUUGCCUUCUCCUCCUGAGUCCUCUCUUCCUGCGCUUGCCGACCCUGAGUCGGACUCUCUUCGCGCUGCGAGUCCUACUGUCACGCGUCUGCUUGCUACUGUCGUCACUGACCCCUCUUUUGAGUCCACUGCUGUGUCUGCUCUAGUCGCUGAGCUCGUUGACUUUGCUGCCCGCUGUCGUCUCGACUACGCUGCUAGUCUUGUUGCUGAGUCUGUCUGUCCUCCGUCCGUCGGGGGUGAGUGUGCUCUUGGCACGGACGUCCUAGAGGACAGGCAGGAGGAGUUACAGUGUCUAGCGGCUGCUUCACCUCAUCUCGCGUCUGUACUGCUUGCCCCUGAGGGAGACCCGGAUGCACUAGACAUCCCGACUCCGCGUUCUUACGCGAAGGCCGUAGAGGGUCCCUACUCCUCUCAGUGGCAGGCAGCUAUGGAUGCAGAGAUGGCUUCCUGGAAGUCCACAGGCACCUACGUUGACGCGGUUCCCCCUCCUGGGGCGAACAUCGUCAGUGGCAUGUGGAUCUUCAGGGUGAAGCGGCCGCCGGGCUCUCCACCUGUCUUCAAGGCACGGUACGUUGCUCGUGGCUUCAGUCAGCGGCAGGGAGUUGACUACUUUCAGACCUUCUCUCCCACCCCGAAGAUGACCACUCUUCGGGUGCUGCUGCACAUAGCCGCUCAGCGCGACUACGAGCUUCACUCUCUCGACUUCAGCACUGCGUUCCUGCAGGGUAGCCUGCACGAGGAGAUCUGGCUUCGCCGUCCACCUGGCUUCACUGGGACUUUCCCUCCUGGCACCCAGUGGAGCCUCCGACGGCCAGUCUACGGUCUCCGCCAGGCACCGCGUGAGUGGCACGACACACUGAGGACUACGCUUGCGGCUCUUGGGUUUGCUCCGUCUAAUGCUGACCCGUCGCUGUUUCUUCGCACAGACACUUCCCUGCCGCCGUUCUACAUCCUCGUGUACGUCGACGACUUGGUCUUUGCCACAGCGGACACUGCUGGACUCGCCUACGUGAAGUCCGAGCUGCUGAAGAGACACACGUGCACAGACCUGGGUGAACUGCGCAGCUACCUUGGCUUGCAGAUCACUCGGGACAGAGCACGCCGCACCAUUACCUUGACUCAGUCACACAUGGUGCAGCAGGUCCUUCAGCGCUUCGGCUUCACGUACUCCUCGCCUCAGGCCACUCCUCUGCCUACUCGCCACUCACUCUCAGCUCUGCCUUCGGAUGAGUCCGUAGAGUCGAGUGGUCCGUAUGCAGAGCUUGUUGGCUGCCUUAUGUACCUGAUGACCUGCACACGACCUGACCUUGCAUACCCUCUGAGCAUUCUUGCACGCUAUGUUGCUCCUGGGAGGCACAGACCGGAGCACAUGGCUGCAGCGAAGAGGGUAUUGCGCUACCUGUGCAGUACGUCGGGCAUGGGGCUAGUGCUUGGAGGGCGGAGUCCAGUGGUCCUUACCGGCCACGCGGACGCUUCUUGGGCUGACGACCAGGCUACGCAGCGGUCGUCACAGGGUUACACCUUCAGCCUUGGUUCCGGCUCUGUCUCGUGGCGGUCUACUCGCUCGUCUUCGGUUCUCGGCUCCAGUUGUGAGGCUGAGAUCUACGCCGGGGCCAUGGCUGCACAGGAGCUUCGCUGGCUCACCUACCUGCUGACUGACCUUGGAGAGCCGCCUCGUUCUCCUCCAGUGCUGUACGUAGACAACAAGGCUAUGCUGGCCUUGUGUCGAGAGCAGCGCUUGGAGCACAGAACGAAGCACAUUGCUCUCCGCUACUUCCUUGCUCGUGAGCUGCAGCAGCGUGGUCAGUUGCGACUUGCGUACGUGGCCUCUGAGGCCAACACUGCUGAUGUGUUCACCAAGGCACUUGCGCCUUGUGACCAUCAGCGCUUCUGCACCCAGCUGGGUCUUGUGCCUGUCUUGCCUCACUUGCUCUCCUCUUGA